AUGAGUUCUGAAGCAAACGACACCAUAUCAAAGGCAAAAUCAAGCAUCGCCGACGCAUUAGUCGCCAACAAGGUUCAAGAGCUUUUAGAUGUUCUAGAAGAGCUCAAGAAAGUUAACGCAACACCUCAGCUUCUAAAGCAAGCAGACAUUGGAAAAGUGGUUGGCAAACUGAGGUCAUUUUCUGAUGCCCAAGUGUCACAAAAAGCCAAGGAAACUGUCAAAAAAUGGAAGCAAGAUGUUGGACUAACUGAAUCAUCAGCGUCUUCAUCAAGAAGAUCCUCCAAUUCAUCAAUUGCCAGUGCAAUCUCGAUAUCGUCCUUUAGACGAUCUUCCGUGGAUGCAGCAAAUAGAAAUGUACAAUCUGAUGACAUUGAGUAUACAUCCACACACAACGCGCCACGAGACAAGACAAUCGAGCUCAUGUAUUCUUCCAUCGGAUUAGGAAGUUAUGCAGAUGGCAAUCUAUUAUUGAAAAGGGCAAUCGACAUUGAAAAGCAGUUGUUUGAGAUGCAUGGCCAAUCCGUGAAAGAAGAAUACAAGGUCAGGGUGCGUUCACUUGCGCUCAAUUUAAAGAGCAAAACAAAUCCUGCAUUGAGAGAAGGCGUUGUUACAGGGGAAAUAUCCAUUGCGACCUUAUGUGCAAUGGAUGUGGAGGACAUGGCUUCCGAAGAGUCCAAGCAGAGAGACCGCAAACUAGCAGAAGAAGCCUUGUUCAAGGCAAGAGGAGCCGAAUCUGCACGAGCAGAAACCGACAUGUUUCGAUGCGGGAAAUGCCGUGGAAGGAAAUGCACCUACUUUCAAAUGCAAACCAGAAGUGCAGAUGAACCUAUGACCACAUUUGUUACCUGUGUGAAUUGUGUUUUGCUGAAUCAUAUUAUACCAAUGGAAUUGCAGGUCUUUACAGAAUAUCAUUAA